CUUUACUCUUAAAGGCUCUUGGGCAUUCAUUGGAUUUUGAAUCUAUGUGUUUGUGAAGGCAUUGCUACCUAUGUGAAUUUCAGAUAAGGAACGAUGUGCUGAACUGAAGAAAGCCUUGUGUACUGCCCAUGAGAAGUUCUGUUUCUGGCCAGACAGCCCCUCUCCAGAUCGAUUUGGGAUGCUGCCAUUGGAUGAGCCUGCUAUUCUUGUUAGUGAAUUCCUAGAUCGUUUUCAGAGCCUCUGUCACUUGGACCUCCAGCUUCCUUCCUUGAGGCCAGAGGACUUGAAAAACAUGUGCUUGACAGAAGACAAGAUCAGUCUUCUUCUACACCUGCUUGAAGAUGAACUUGAUCACCGAACUGAUGAGAGAAAAACUACAACCAAAUUAGGUUCAGACAUCCAAGUCCACGUCACUGCCUGUAUUCUCUCUGUGUGUGGCUGGGCGUAUAGUUCUUCUUUGGAACCCAUGCAGCUCUCCCUGAUAACGUGUUCACAGUGCAUGAGGAAGGUGGGACUCUGGGGCUUCCAGCAGAUUGAAUCAUCUAUGACUGACCUGGACACAUGCUUUGGCCUGACCAGCUCCCCCAUCCCAGGCCCUGAGGGGCGGCCAGAGCGGUUCCCUCUGGUGCCUGAAUCUCCUCGGAGGAUGAUGACCCGGAGCCAGGAUGCUACCUUUUCCCCAGGCUCAGAACAGGCUGAAAAGAGCCCAGGUCCCAUUGUCUCCCGUACUAGGAGCUGGGACUCUUCCAGUCCUGUCGACCGUCCUGAGCCAGAGGCUGCUAGCCCCACCACCAGAACCCGCCCAGUGACCCGAAGAAUGGGAACAGGAGACACCACUGGCCUUGAAGUACCAUCCAGCCCUCUGCGGAGAGCCAAACGAGCUCGCCUCUGCUCUUCUAGCAGCUCGGACACAUCUUCAAGAAGCUUCUUUGAUCCCACCUCUCAGCAUAGAGAUUGGUGCCCUUGGGUGAAUGUCACAUCUGGCAAAGAAACCAGGGAGAAUGGUGGAGCUGAGCCCAAUGCCAAGGCUCCAUCAGAGCCAGGUUGGAAGGCAGUGCUGACCAUCCUGUUGGCCCACAAACAGUCUAACCAGCCAGCUGAAACGGACUCCAUGAGUCUCUCUGAGAAAUCAAGAAAAGUAUUCCGAAUAUUUCGGCAAUGGGAAUCUUUAUGCUCAUCCUGAAAACAUUCCAGCCCCUUCCUGGAGAGAAUGUGAAUGAGAAUGACUUUUUGAAAACUAAAGUCUAAAUCCAUUUUGGUCAACUGAUGCAAAAUUUUUCUCAGUUUUGAUUUAAUCCUAAGGAGCCCCUGCUGUUGAGAGCCAACCCUAUGCAUUUGACUGACAGGAGCCCCGUUUCCAUGCAGGAAGGGGACAGGGUAAAGGACAGCAAGCCUAGCUCUGUGGAGGAGUACAGGGCUGUGCAACUAGAUGGAGGACCAAGGACCUGAACACCCAUUUCAGCAUCUUCAGUCUGCGUCAAUGUUCUGAGGAUGCUUCUAUCCCAGGAAUAUGACAGUGUGUUAAUAAAGUAUUUGUUAA